UUCCUCAAUUUUUUUUCUUUCUCUGUCUCUCGCUCCUUCUUCGUCUUUACUCCCUUCCCCGCUUUCCAGAAACAUCCAAAUUCCCCCCAACGCAGAGAAGCUUCUGCUUAGCUCUCCAUUCCUUCCGUGCCCUUCUUCUCGCCGUUCAUGGCCGGGGCUUCGCAGAAGCAUGGGCGUGAUCAGCCUAUGGACUUCCAGGGAUUUCUGAAUGACUUGCAGGAUUGGGAGCUUAAUCUCAAGGACAAAGACAAAAAGAUGAAGUCUUCACCUGCUUCUGAUCAGAUUGGUGGGAAUGGAAGAUCAAUGAAGAAAAAUUCUGCAACAGAUUCUUCGAGGAGGAAUGUUUCAGGAGGAUUUUUCGAUUAUUCGCGGAGCAUUGAUUCGAUUGGCAGAUCAUCAGAUGAUGAGAGCUCAGUGGAUGCUACUUCGGAGAAAGAAUUGGGCAAUGAGUAUUUCAAGCAGAAGAAAUUUGCAGAAGCUAUAGAAUGCUACUCUCGGAGCAUAGCACUUUCGCCAACAGCAGUUGCCUAUGCAAAUAGGGCGAUGGGCUAUAUCAAACUUAAAAGAUUUCAAGAGGCUGAAGAUGAUUGUACAGAGGCCUUGAAUCUAGAUGAUCGUUACAUAAAAGCAUAUUCACGUAGAGCUACAGCUAGGAAAGAAUUAGGAAAACUUAAGGAGUCAAUGGAAGAUUCUGAGUUUGCCCUAAGGUUGGAACCUAAUAAUCUGGAAAUCAAGAAACAGUAUGAUGAGGCAAAGUCUUUGUAUGAGAAGAAACUUUUUCAGAAGUUAUCAGGAGGAUCCAAAGCCUCCGCAAAAUCAGCAGUAAAAUUAGGAAGGUCGGAUAUUAAAGUGAAUGGGGAUGGAAAUGCUUCUGUUUCUAUACCAUCCCAGGCUGGAUCAGCUGCUGUCCGGAAAGAUAAGAUUAAGGAGAAUGGUGGUGGAGCUCUUGGUACCAAAGCUUCAUCGGUAGAGGAAAUAGAAAUCAUAAGCUCAGUUACUGGCAGCAGAGUUGAAAUGCAUCAUGUCAACAAUCCUCAAGCUCCUGCUGGUCCAAGCUCUAGCUCGGGACAAGUCCAGAAUCGUAGCAAAAAUGAAAAGCGAGAGCUUAAACCGUCUGUUCAUGAGCUUGCUUCACGAGCAGCUUCUCGUGCCAAGGCUGAAGCUGCAAAAAACAUUACACCACCAACUUCAGCUUAUCAAUUCGAGGUUUCUUGGCGAAGGUUUUCUGGGGACCGAACGCUGCAGGCUCACCUGCUAAAGGUUACCCCUCCAAGUGCGCUUCCACAAAUAUUCAAAAAUGCAUUAACUGCUCCUAUGCUAAUAGAAAUAAUCAAGUGUAUUUCCACAUUCUUCAAAGACGACAUUGAUAUGGCGGUCAAAUACCUAGAGAACCUGACUAAGGUCCCAAGGUUUGGUAUGCUUAUCAUGUCCCUUUCAACACCAGACAAGGCUGAUCUUCACAAGAUGUGGGACGAAAUAUUUUGCAGCGACGCGGCCCCAAUUGAGUAUGCAGAGAUCCUCGAUAACUUGCAAUCUGCAUACUGCAUAUGAUUGCAUGAAGUAGCUGACUAUAACAUACAUCUUUCAAGGUCUAUUGAUAUAAGAAGUUCCUCCCCCUCGUCUUCUCUAAUUGGCUUGUUCCUUCAACGUUUCACCUUAUUGUCGUAAGGCGGCAUAGUUCCUGUGGUAAAGUGAUGGAUCAGUAGAGAUCUCAUCCUCACUGCU